ACAACGUCGCGUCGUUAUACUUAGAGCGCACCUCCAUCUCAAGAACAGGCGUCUUUAUCAAGAUCCUCGCCAAAGGUACAAGGCGAGAAGCAAUUAGCUGGCAAAAGGCGCGGCGUGCGGCCAGGUCAACAGAGCAUGCCAGCGAUCACGUCAUUCUCAUUCCUGUCGUAUCUCUUCAUCUCCACUCCUUUCUCCAUCAUCUCUCUGUCUUCGUCAGCUACUCCAUCAUGUAUUCUUUUCUCCCAGCCCAUCGUCUCGAGGGCCAGGCCCGAAUUUCCAAGCAUUUGCCAAGCAGCGUUUAGCCUGGACCGACCAUCGGACUCGCGCUAUCCUAGCGCUUCUUCUCCAGCAUGGACUGGCUACGCGCUUCCGAUCCGACGUAGUGCGCUUUACCAUUUCAUCGGCAUUGCGCGCGGCAUAUGGCAUAUGGGGUUGCUUUGGCGAUGUUGGCUCCUGCCGCAUGAGCGUUAUUCGUGCGAGGUGUGGUUUGUUCACGCUUGCGAGUCGAGCAGACGCUGCGAAGUAGUGGGUACUUGCGCGUGCAUAUACUGAGGCUGACUGCCUCACAUCAUCAAAGUCUCGAUGUUGUUGUGCGAGACGGGAACUCUUUACUCCCUUACGAUGGAAAACUGCGCAGCUGACAAGACAAGCUUUAAUUACCAAAGCGCACGGCAGAGGACAGUGUGUAAGAUGACGACGUACAAUCUGCAUCGGUCUUCCCUGACAUGUUGAAAUGAACGCCAGGAAAGCGUUUGAGUCAAGACAUACAAGAGCUAGCAGGAGUAGACACCUGGU